AUGGCUCCGUUGAGCACUCUGUUGCCCUUUGUGGCCUCGAGCUUCCUACCCUUCGCAUGGGCCAAGCAUGUGCAGUUUGAGUUGGAUCUCACCUGGCAAAAGGGGUCCCCAAACGGCAACAUCAGGGACAUGAUUUUCAUGAACGACCAAUUCCCCGGACCUGAACUUCGUCUAGCCCAAGGCGAUGAUGUCGAAGUUAUCGUGCACAAUCAUUUGCCAUUCCAGACCUCUGUGCAUUUCCAUGGCAUUGAACAACUGGGUACACCUUGGGCCGACGGUGUUCCCGGCUUGACACAAAAGCCAAUUCAACCUGGUCGCAGCUGGACCUACCGUUGGAAAGCCACUCAGUAUGGCACGUAUUGGUAUCAUGCACACAUCAAAUCGGAGAUGAUGGAUGGUCUUUACGGGCCCAUCUGGAUAAGUCCUGCUGCGGACAUUCCUGAUCCGUUUCACCUCAUCUCGAACAACACUGAGGACAUUGAAGCAAUGCGAAAGGCAGAGGAAAACCCACACUUGGUCAUCCUUUCGGACUGGGACCAGUUGACAGCGGCCCAGUACCAACAAGCCCAGGUCGACAGUCGACUAAACAUCGCCUGCAUGGACAGUAUUCUUGUAAAUGGAAGAGGCGCCGUUUAUUGUCCUGGUGCCGACCGAAUUUCAUCUGUUGAACUUCCAUAUUUGCAGAAUCUAGCUGGCAAUCAAUCUCUGACUGAUAAAGGAUGCCUUCCCUUCAAUUACGAGACACAAGGCGAUUUCCCACCUACCUAUCCAGAUCGCCUUCCGGCGGGUCUUCAUUCAGGCUGUGUUCCCACAACCGGCGAGCACGAGAUUAUCGAAGUUGACCCGCAAGACAAGUGGGUGUCUCUUAAGUUCAUUAGUGCUGCUACUAUGAAAGCACUGAUGUUCUCAAUCGAUGAGCAUCAAUUGUGGAUCUACGAGGUUGAUGGCGGCUACAUGGAACCACUCACCGCCGACACUGUGCCCUUGUUCAAUGGUGAGCGCUACGGUGUCAUGGUGAAGCUCGACAAACCUGUCAAGGACUACACUAUUCGUGUGCCCGACACCCAGGACGAUCAGCUGAUUUCGGGCUUCGCCACUCUGCGUUACAAGGGAUCUCCCGGUUCCGACUCGGAACCUUCGCAACCGUUCGUUGAUUAUGGUGGACGAAAUACCACGGCUUCUGUCAGCAAGUUGGAACCCAAAUUCAUCCACCCUUAUCCAGCGGUCACCAUCCCUCAGACGGCGGACCAGCUUGUCAAUCUGACGUUAGGUCGAUAUGGAUCUUCUUACACCUGGACCGCUGCCGGCGACGCACUCUAUGACGUGAUGGCGAAUUGGAAUGAUCCGAUUCUGUACAACAUUGACGCAAAAAAGAAUCUCGCUGACCAAGUUACCAUUCAAACCAAGAAUGGGACAUGGGUCGACCUUCUGCUGCAAUUGGGAGAAAUGCCGCAUACUUCGAGCACCCAAGCCCCACAUGUCAUGCACAAGCACUCGAACAAAGCUUAUAUUCUUGGAGUUGGACCUGGAAUCUUCAAUUGGUCGAGCACCGAGGAAGCCAUGAGCGAGCAUCCCGAGCUGUUCCACCUCGAGAAUCCUCAACGACGAGACACUUUUGUCACUAUCAGCCCCGCAGGUGGUCCUAUCUGGAUGAUGUUGCGUUAUCAAGUGGUGAACCCUGGUCCGUUCCUUUUCCACUGUCACAUUGAGACCCACUUGGCCAACGGCAUGGCCGUCGCCUUGCUUGAUGGCAUUGAUGAAUGGCCUCAGGUUCCCGCGGGUGAGGAUCAGAGCUUGCGUCGACACUGA